UUGUUCUUCCUUGGUCCUAACCCGUCCAUAACAAUCUAUCUAUCUAUCUAUCUAUCUAUCUAUCUAUCUAUCUAUCUAUCUAUCUAUCUAUCUAUGUAUUUUAUGUGUUAUGCCAGAUUUGAAAUAAGUAAACGACGGCCUCGUCGAGCACCUGCCGUCAACACUGUGGCUUCCUUGAAGCGAGGGGAGAUGUUGGAAGCUGCUGCUGCUGCUGUUGUUGAUGCAUCACGAGACUGGUGGGGCGGACAGAGAGAAAUCGAUAAUCGCAGAAAAGCAAAUGUUAUUCUCAGUAAUCGACAUAUUUUAAAAUCUCACUGUUCAUUUCUAUCUAUCUAUCUAUCUAUCUAUCUAUCUAUCUAUCUAUCUAUCUAUCUAUCUAUCUAUCUAUUUCAGUGUUCAUUUCUAUCUAUCUAUCUAUCUAUCUAUCUAUCUAUCUAUCUAUCUCAGUGUUCAUUUCUAUCUAUCUAUCUAUCUAUCUAUCUAUCUAUCUAUCUAUCUAUCUAUCUCAGUUGUUCAUUUCUAUCUAUCUAUCUAUCUAUCUAUCUAUCUAUCUAUCUAUCUAUCUAUCUCAGUUUUAAUUUCUAUCGAUCUAUCUCCGUGACCAUUUGUAUCUAUCUAUCUAUCUAUCUAUCUAUCUAUCUAUCUAUCUAUCUAUCUAUCUAUCUAUCUAUCUAUCUCAGUUUUAAUUUCUAUCGAUCUAUCUCCGUGACCAUUUUAACUGGCGAUCUAUCUAUCUAUCUAUCUAUCUAUCUAUCAAUCAAUCUAUCUAUCUAUCUAUGGUUAUGCGAUUUCUGUCUGUCUGUCUCUCUCUCUAUCUCUCUAUGUAUAUAUUUAUCUAUCUAUGGUUAUGCCAUUUCUAUCUAUCUAUCUAUCUGUCUGUCUGUCUGUCUAUCUAUCUAUCAGAAACAUUUGCCACGUCCUUAG